AUGAGUAGUAGGCCUCUGCCAGACCUGGAGGCGCGUCUUAAGAAAGUCGUUGAGUCUAGAGGCGCACCCCACUAUGCAACUCGCGCAGUGAUUUUUUACUUUGAGAAUGAUGAUACAGGCGCUAAGCAUGACGCAACAACACUAAGUAACUGCCUGGAAGACGUCUUCGACAUCACCACAAUAGUAUUUCCUAUACAACGAUCUGAGGCGUGGCCUGCAGCAAGACUUCGACAACGUAUCCAGGAUGCCUGCAGCUCUAUUAAUUCCCCAUAUCCUCAGUUGCGAUCACUCAUCAUCAUCGCCUAUAUAGGGCACGGUGUACUCGAGCAUGGGUCUUCACUCAAGUUUAUGAGUGCAGAUGGGAAGCAAAAUAUUCAAUGGCGAUUUCUCAGCAGUGCCUUCUUUGCGGAGGAUGAUGCUGCCGCAGGCUUUGAUACGCUGGGUAUUUUAGAUUGUUGUUAUGCAGGAGCAACACGUAGUAUGAGCAACCGGGUUGCUGACGUCCUCUCGGCCUGUGACGCCACAGGAACUGCUAGAUCGCGUAAUGCUAAAUACAUUACCUUCACCCAACGAUUGGCCGCGGCCGCGCGGAGCCUGCGAGACUUGCAACCCUAUGUCACUGUUGAUGACCUCCUGCAGAGAAUUCAGGAGACGAAAACACCUGAGGCGCCAAAUGCCAAGUUAACACACCUGGGCCUAAGCCCCCAGCCAAUCGCUCUGCCAUUCAAGAUAAAGUCAUCAGCCUUCCAACCACCCAUUCAGAGAAACAUAGCCUCUGGAGUCCCAUCUUUCAAGAAUGUUCUGGUGAAGCUUUCAGUGGCUGCACCUCCACAGGAGACAUUGGAGAAGUUUACCAUGUUUAUUCAGACAUUACCCUCAGAGUUCAAUAUUACAGUUGAACAAGCUUAUGAAUCAACAUCAACACUGCUACUCCUCUCAAUGACAUGGUCAACAUUCUCCAGACUAUCCACCAUGAUCGACCUCAUUUUAAUCGGGCCUAUUCUGGGUCCAGCCCUCAUUCCCCCGCACCGGAACUACCAACCCCCUGCACUGCUCGAGAACAUCCGCCUUGGCUCUACUUCUACCGAGACAAAACCUCUCAGAUAA